AUGGAGUCCGCAAUUCGAUGGUCCCCAAGCUCGACCGCAGCCGAACAGCGGUUCCUCUCUGUCGACGUAACAGGCAAAUCAUUUCGUCUCUGCAGAGUUACAGGGUUCGACAGCAAAAACGUCCGCCAUGACGUCGUCUCGACCUUGACAAAUACCCCUUCUUUCCGCGCCUUCGAUUGGUCCACCUCCAACGAGAAUCUCAUUGCUGUUGGUCAGUCGUCUGGCGAAGCUACGAUUCUACGAUUAGACGCCGACCCCAAAGAAUCGCUCUCAUUUCCUGUUCGAAACCAGCGCUACUGUAACGCCGUGGCUUUCAGUACACAUGGACUGGUGGCUUCUGGGCUUGAUCGCGUGCGCAAUGAUUUCUGCUUGAACAUUUGGGAUGUGAAUCAGCGGCUGGGCCCUUCGGGGGGCAGUAGAGGUUUCCCUGAACCGCUGAGAAAGUUGGCCAGCUCGGAGCCCAUUACGAGUAUCAAGUUCUUUAGAGAUCAGCCCGAUACGUUGGUGACGGGAGUAAAAGGCCAAUUCGUCCGGAUCUAUGAUCUCAGAGAGGGGCCGGGAAAUCCUUCUAUACAGUUCCCAACCCGUUGUGUUCACAAUUUGGCAAUCGACUGGCUGGAUGAGAAUUAUAUCGCCUCGUGCACAACUUCAAAUGAAAGUACCAUCAGCGUGUGGGACCGACGUGUAGGUACCAGGCUGGCUUCCCCGACAGUGGGAUCAUCGACAAGUAGCCCCGACUCGAACCAGACGGUAUCGUCGCUCCAGUUCAAGAACGUGUUCAACCCUAAGGCAUCCAUCUGGAGCUUGCGAUUCUCCAAGACGAAUCGCGGCUGUCUGGGCGCAUUAUCCAACAGUGGCCACUUCAAAACAUUCGAUAUCGCAAAGGAUCAUUUAUCGGAGGAAUUCCGCUCUUCAAUCGACGAAACUCUAGGACAGGGUUCUUUCAAGAACUACCCCGAGCCAGUCUACACAAAGUACGUGCGGGACGUCUGCAUGCCAUUCGACCAUCCGACUAGAGGCACAGAGGAGAAAGACCGAAUUGUUUCUUUUGAUUUCUUGAAUUUCAGUUUCUCCUCGCAAGCCAGUGCAAUUGCAUUGGACGGCAAGGGAAACCCUCAAAUUGUCACCAGUCGUCCACCUUGCCCACCUAUCGCGGUGUCGUCUCAGAGUGUCUUGGCUUGUGGAGCUCCGACUGGCGAUGGUGCGGAUUUCAGAACUAUCCAUCCUCUUUCCGAACACGUGUCACCUGUAUCUGGACUUGUCAACAGCAUUCGGGCUCGUGUUUCAUCCAGCUCAAGAGGUUCUUCGAAUUCUAAGGCUCUGGGCACCGAACCAGUUCCAAGUCGAGAAAAACGGGAGUGGGAAUUGUCACUUGGUACACAAGGUACUCUCCUCACUGCGAAUGAGGCUUUGACUCUGUCCUCGCUCAACCAGUAUCGAGCUAAAGAGGGCUACCUGUUUGACGAGGCACGGAACCAGAAGAUUUGGGCCGAUGACUCUGCUCUGCAGGACCUGUGGGCCUGGGUGAAACGGGCUCGGAUCGAUUCUUCGGGAACGGCUAUGGUGAUCGAUGGAGUCGACAUGAAUUAUAUAGGCGUCAACAGUAUCUGGGCCAAUGAGCUGGGUUUGUCUGCACACCCUUUUCUGAGAAAUACCGAAUUUACUGACAACAUGAUAGGUGAUGGCUUUGAGCGCCGUCGAAUUUCAGCCUCUAAUGAUCCAAAGGAGAUUAUCAAACAGCUAGUCGAUCAACUCAAUCUUCCAGAGGUCAAGGGCUUUGAAACGGCAUUCCCAGAGCACCGCCGUCUCUCACUCCGUCUCUGUGGAGCGCCGCAGUCUUACAAAGAGCUUGAGGAAACAGUCAAAACCCUCUCCGCAGAGAGUCAGCAUACCAAAGCAGCCGCGCUGGCUAUUUUCCAAGAUGAGCCGAAGUUGGCCUAUAUUGGGCUGCGUAGUAAUCAACCUACACAAGCUCAUAAGCUAUUGGCUAUGGCUAUUGCCGGUGCUGCCGGUGCAACGAAAGGCGACAGCAGCACGGACUGGGAAGAGACAUGCGCAGAGAUAUCCAAGGAGCUCACCGAUCCAUAUUCACGCGCGAUCCUCGCGCUUGUGAGCAAGGGCGACUGGCACGCAGUAAUUAAAGAAACCACACUGCCCUUGAAGUAUCGGAUCGAAGUCGCACUUCGCUGGCUACCCGAUGAUGAGCUGACUGUCUAUUUGAAAGACGCGACCGCAGAAGCCGUCAAAGAGGGUGAUGUUGAAGGAAUCGUGCUCACUGGUUUGGGCCAUAUGGCUAUUGAUCUGUUCCAGUCAUACAUUGACAAGUUCAACGAUGUCCAAACACCAGUUCUAGCCAUGAGCUAUACCGUCCCCAGAAUCCUCAGCAACGAAACAUACAUUGCCAGAUUUGAAGCCUGGCGCGAGACCUAUCGCCGAUCACUCAAUUCCUGGAAGCUCCAACUCGAACGCGCUCGCUUCGACGUGAAUUCCCGCCGCUUCGCGGUCACCGUCGAUGGACGCAAACUCGUUCCUCCACCGCCGCAGCAGGUCAGCUUGACCUGUAACUACUGCACGCGGCCGCUCACCCAACACGACGCAUCUUCUCAAAUUUCCCCAUCUGCUACAACGGAAACUGUGCAUUCGACCAUCGGCAACCCUCUUGGACCUAGCGCUCUGUCUGGGACAGUCUGUCCUCGUUGCGGUCGGCAUAUGCCCCGUUGCGGCGUUUGCAAUCUCUGGCUUGGAUCGCCAGAUCCCAUGUCCCGCUCUGGUAUCGCCGCUGAUGCCGAGACUGCCGCUCGCAAACCCACCCAGACCGAUAUAAUGAGGCGGUUCGUUGUGUUUUGCAUCAAUUGUAAUCAUGGAUUCCACGCACACCACGCGCACGACUGGUUUGUGCGACAUCGAGUAUGCCCUGUUGCGGAGUGUAAUUGCAUUUGUGACCGUUGA